AAUAAGUUUCUUAUUCUAGAUUUUCUUGUUUAGGAAAGAUAGGAUUUUUUUCUUAUUUUGGACAUUAUAUAUGUUUUUCUUCCUGUUUUGUGGUUGCGUUCUGCUGCUUUAAAGCCGGCAUUAUUUGAUUUUCUUGAGAUCCUUCGCCCAUGCCCAAGAAAAAUUCUUCCCCUUUAACCUUUUUUUUUCCCUGAUGUUUAAUACAGAAUCACGUUUUGAUCAUGGCGAUUGAAAGUGUUGGAGACGAAAAUUCAAUUUUCUGCCAAGAUUCUAAACCAGCAGCCAUCGAAAGUUACAAGGAACCGGCAAUCGAAACCCAAACCAAUGACCACAGUUUCAUCAAUGGCAAGUGUGAUGAUCACCAAGAGAAAUCAACUGAAGCAGCAGCCACUUCUAAUAUGCAGCAGAAUCCAACGGUAGAGAUUUUUUCCAAGUUGAAUCCCAUGGCUCAAGAGUUCGUGCCAGCUAAAACUAUAAGAAAGAAAAAGAAGAACAGCUACUAUGGAAAUCAAAGAAGAAACACAAGGACAAGUAUGGCUCAAAGAGUGGAUAAAAUCAGGAAGACUUUGUAUAUUCCAGUGAUUGAUCAUCAGGUUACUGAAGUGCAGCUAGCAAAUCUCUUUGUUCACGUCGGACACGUUGUAGAUUGUCGCAUAUGUAGCAACCCUAAUAUCUCCGGUCACUACUUUGCCUUCGUGGAGUUUUCCGAUGAAGAAGCUGCAAAUACUGCUUUGAAGCUGUCGGGGAUAAGUCUUGGAUCUUACCCUCUAAGAUUAGAGCCUUCAAGAACUGGAAUAGUGCCUGUGAACUCGACAUUGUUGCCAAGGUCUGAAGAAGAAUACGAUAUGUGUACGAGGACAGUGUAUUGUACAAAUAUAGACAAGCAGGUGAAGCAGGAGAAUGUGAGAUUGUUCUUUGAAUGUUGUUGUGGAGAGGUUGAACGGUUGAGAGUCCUCCAAGGCUAUGAUCAUGCUAAGACUUGCAUUGCUUUCGUUGAGUUCAGAGAGGCUGAGAGUGCAAUUGCUGCUCUAAAGUUGAGUGGUGCACUUCUGGGAUCUUUGCCGAUUAGUGUGAACCCAUCAAAGACGCCUCUUCGGCCUCUCGUAGGUUAAUUAAACCAUUUUUUUUGUAAAAAAAAAAAAAAAAA